AUGAAUACAAACUCUUACGCCCCUAGUGGAAACUAGAGUCACGAUCAAUUACUAUCCUCUUAACAUUCAUAAGAUAUAGAACAAUUCAUUGAGACUUUGAGAAAUCAAUAAUCACUCUCAACCAUUCCACCCUAAUCACUCCUGAAUCCAUCUUCAACAAUACUUAACAAUGUUAAAUCAUAGAAUAACUUUAUGAAGUCAGCUUAGACUUCCGUAGCAAGUUUGAAAUCACCAGGAAAAUAAAUUGAAAAAACCUCAGAGGACAUUAUACUACAAGAGUCUCUUCAGUCUAUUAAAGAAACUAAUCAUUAACUUAAGCUAAAUGACGCCAUUACUAGAAAUAAGAUUAGAAAAACUGAAAGAGACUGUGAAGUAUUGAAGGAAGAACAAUCUAAAAUUCAGAAAAUCAUAGCUAAAGUAGAGAAACAGCACAAUACUGAUUAGUAAUAUCUGAUGAAACAGUAAGAGCUUAAGGCAAGAUAUGAAAUCGAUCUAAGUUUAUUGAGCUUGAAUAACCUAGAUUAAGGUAGUGAGAUAAAAGCAAAAUUACAAAGUGAAAAUUUAAAUCUGAAAUAACUUCAAGAUCAGAUGCAACACUCACAGAAUGACUCUUAGCAAUGCUUGCAGUAAUUGAACUAAAUUGAACUAAUGUUGAAUCAACCUCUAUAAUCUUCUUAGCCUGGGGAGACACCCUAAGGAAUGAAUACAGAUGCCUUGAAUUAAAUAAUAAUUGAGGUGGUUGAUGUUUAUGAAAGAAGCAUCAAAAGAAAGAACGGAGAGAUUGAUAUGAUUAAGAGUUGCCUUGUUAAGGAAAAGUAGAAACUAUAAGAUGAUAAGGACAAAAUACAAAAGCAAGUAAAACUACUUCAGUAGAAAAGAGUUCAACAGCAGAAAUCACUAUGUGAGCUAGAAAAGAAGAACCAAAUGAACUAGAGAUCGACAUUAGUUGAUUUGCUAAUAAGUAAUAACAAUGGCAUAAGAAUAGACGGCAAAUAGGUAAAACUUGGAGAUAAUUUAGGAGAAGAUACUGAGAAGCCUGUCCAGACUGUUUCAAUUGAUCUGCAUUCUAAAAUGAAGAAGCAAAAAUCAAAAGCUAACAUAGCCCCAGAAAAAGAGAAUAAAAGCAUUCUUAAAAAGAGAUGA